UACACAUAACUAUAUUUUUUACAUAAUUCUAAAAUCGCGGACUUGGUUCUUAAUAUUUUAUUAGUUAAUUGUGUUAUAUAUAAUAGAAAUACUUAUUUUAAACUAAAAAUAUAAAAAAAAUCAAAUUUAAAAUUAGUUAUAUAUAAUUUAUUAUACAAAAAUUCAUAUACAAAUAAAAAUGAUAAAUGUAACAAAUUUAAAUAUAUUAUCUGCGCGUAGCGCGGAGAAAUGAUCUAGUUAUAGUAAUAGGGGUUAAUCCUGCAUCAAUCUUAAAAUAUAAAUAUUUGCCUACCUAUUCUAAAACCUGGCAAGUUGGUUACUGAGAAUAUCACAAUAACAUAUAAGAAUGGUUCAAAGGGAACAAAUAUUAAUUAUUUCUUUUAGAAAAACUUUUUGUUAAGACUUGCACGUCAUACCUUUGCUGUUUACAUUAUUUUAUUACACAUUAAAUUGAACUAGCUAGCCCAAACGAAACUCAGUCUCUCGCUUCUUUUUUUCGAGAAAAAAAACACUUUUAACCACUGCACCAGGUCUCUAGCUUCUUAAUCUGUCUUCUCUUCAAUCUAUCUUUCUAUCUCACCCUGAUCAGCCAUGGGGGAAGAACCACUGCUUCAGAAACUCAGGAUUCAAGAAGACAUCGAAUCAGCCAAACACAAACUUGUUAACGACGACGUUGACGACGGUGAUGGUCCAGUCACUUUCAUUUUACUCUUCACAACCUUCACCGCUCUCUGCGGCACCUUCUCUUAUGGCACUGCCGCCGGCUUUACGUCACCAGCUCAAUCUGGGAUGAUGGCAGGACUAAACCUUUCUUUGGCUGAGUUCUCUUUCUUUGGAUCCAUAUUAACAAUUGGUGGACUUGUGGGAGCCGCGAUGUCCGGAAAACUCGCUGAUCUCCUUGGUCGGAGAGGCGCUUUAUGGGUUUCAAACUCGUUUUGCAUGACCGGCUGGCUUAUGAUCGCCUACUCUCAGGCGGCUUGGUCCCUUGAUAUCGGAAGACUUUUUCUCGGCGUUGCAGCUGGUUUAUCUUGUUACGUGGUACCAGUCUACAUUGUAGAAAUCUCACCCAAACAAAUCAGAGGCGCGUUUACUGCGGUUAAUGCGCUUGUGAUGUCUUCUAGCGUCUCCAUUACAUUCCUCGUUGGAUCAGCCACUUCAUGGAAAACAUUAGCUCUUAUAAGUACGGUUCCUUGUGUUUUAGAAUUCGUUGGUUUAUUCUUUAUACCGGAGUCUCCUAGGUGGCUGUCUAGAAAUGGUCGGGUAAAAGAAUCGGUAGCUGCACUCCAACGUCUGCGAGGAAACAACACUAAUAUCACGAAAGAGGCUGCAGAAAUCAAAAUAUACAUGGAAAAUCUUCAAGAAGAAUUCAAAGAAGAUUGCUUUUUCGAGCUCUUCAAACCACGAUACUCUCGUGUUAUUAGUGUGGGAAUUGGAUUGCUAGUACUGCAACAAGUCGGAGGCCUCAGUGGCUAUACAUUUUACAUGAGCUCGAUAUUUCACAAAUCAGGGUUUCCUAACAACAUAGGAGUAUCAAUAACGAGCGCGGUGCAGUUGGUGACAAGCAUUUUAGGAUUAAUAAUCGUGGAUAAAUAUGGGAGACGGUCCCUUCUAACGGUUGCGACGGUCAUGAUGUGCAUGGGGUCAUUAAUCACAGGACUAUCGUUUUUAUUUCAGAGCUAUGCUUUACUCAACAACUACACCCCAAUUUCAGCACUCAUUGGAGUGUUGGUUUUUUUCGUUUCCAUCACAGUCGGAAUAGGAGGUAUUCCAUGGGUCAUGGUCUCCGAGAUGACACCGAUAAAUGUAAAGGGAUCGGCAGGAACGCUAUGCAAUCUAACGAGCUGGUCCUGCAAUUGGUUCGUAUCCUACACAUUCAACUUUCUCUUCCAAUGGAGUACUUCUGGUGUGUUUUUCAUAUAUUCACUAAUCUCUGGUUUGGGCAUUCUAUUUGUGCUGAAAAUGGUACCAGAGACUCGAGGUCGUUCACUCGAAGAAAUCCAAGCUGAUAUUACCCGAUAAUUUAAUUUGUACAUAGUAAUAUUUCUUUUUAUUUGGUAUCCAGUUCAUAUAGCUUCAUAAAUGGUCUCAGUUAUAAGUCAAUUCAAUCCUCGUCUGGCCA